AUGACACGCCCCUUUUUGCCCCAGGUGGUGAAGGAUGAUUAAAAUACGGAAGUCUCCCCCACAUUGACGUUUAUGCAAUAUUUUAGAAUUGAAAACGGAUUAUCACGGAUUCCCACAUUGUGACAUACGUGCAAAUUGAGCUGAAUCAAGCUUGUGUCUCUGUGUCCACAUCCUUCCUUCGGGGUGAAUCAGGAUGAAUCACAUAAUGGGCCUGGUUUUCAGAAGCAAUGGCGUGGAAGCGAUUUGAUGCUGUGCCGCCUCACGCUGUGCUGUGGCGGAAACACCCCCCCCGACACCUCGGAGAUGCCGUGACCGAUCUCGCAGGAACUCUUCCUAUUAUUAUUAUGAUAUUUUUUGGAGAUGUGAUGCAUGACUACAGAAGAAGCAACUGUCCAGAGGUGAUUACUGGAAUGUCUGAAGUUGAAGGAAGAUGGUGUGUUCUGAUUAGAGCCUCAAGACGACUGCUGACACUCAAUCAAAGGACUAGAUGGCAGGGGCUCAGCCUGGAGUCCACGCGCUGCAGCUCAAGCCGGUGUCCGUGCCAGAGAGCCUCAGACGGGGCAACAAAUUCAUGAAAUGGGACGAUGACUCUACCACAGUGAGCCCCGUGACCGUAACCGUUGACCCUAAAGGCUACUUCCUGUACUGGACCGACCAGAACAAGGAGACAGACUUACUGGACAUUGCAUACAUUAAAGAUGCCCGCAAUGGAAAAUGCACAAAAACGCCAAAGGAGGCGAAGCUGCGCGAGCUGCUGGACGUCAGCACCCUGGUGGGCAAGAUGGAGAAUAGGAUGCUGACGGUGGUGAGCGGCACCGAUAUGGUCAAUGUCACGUACCUGAACUUCAUGGCUUUCCAGGAGGAGACGGCUAAGGAAUGGGCGGAGGAGCUAUUCAGCCUGGCUUCCAACCUGCUGGUGCAAAACAUGUCCAGAGAGGCCUGCCUGGAAAAAGCAUACACGCGACUGAAGCUGCAGCUCAACCCUGAAGGUCGAAUCCCCGUCAAGAACAUCUUCAGAAUAUUCUCGUCGGACCGCAAGCGAGUGGAGACGGCUUUGGAGAACUGCAACCUUCCCUCCGGCAGAAACGAAUCCAUCCCCGAAGAAGAUUUCACACCAGAGGUAUACAACCUGUUCCUCAGCAACAUCUGCGCCCGACCAGAACUGGACCACAUCUUCUCUGAUGUGGGUGCAAAGACUCGUCCGUACAUGAGCGUGGAGCAGAUGACCGACUUCAUCAACAACAAGCAGCGAGACCCCCGACUCAAUGAGAUCCUGUACCCGCCCCUCAAGCCCGAGCAGGUCCAACAGCUGCUGGACAAAUACGAACCCAACGCCACACUAGCACAGAACGGUCAGAUCUCUUUGGAGGGCUUCGCUAGGUAUCUGAACGGCGAGGAGAACAGCAUUAUUCCCCCAGAAAAACUGGACCAGAGUGAAGACAUGACCUUUCCCCUCUCACACUAUUUCAUCAACUCUUCACACAACACUUACCUCACAGCGGGACAGCUGGCAGGAAACUCGUCGGUUGAGAUGUACAAGCAGGUUCUUCUCUCGGGCUGCCGCUGCAUCGAACUGGACUGCUGGAAGGGACGCACCACUGAAGAAGAACCCGUCAUCACUCACGGCUUCACUAUGACCACAGAAGUCUCCUUUAAGGAGGUUAUCGAGGCCAUCGCAGAGUGUGCCUUCAAGACGUCGCCCUUUCCCGUCAUCUUGUCUUUCGAGAACCACGUUGACUCACCCAAACAGCAGGCUAAAAUGGCUGAAUACUGUCGCUCGAUAUUUGGCGACGCUUUGCUGACGGAACCUCUAGAGAAAUAUCCACUGGAGUCUGGCGUGCCUCUUCCCAGCCCGAUGGAACUUAUGGGCAAAAUCCUAGUGAAGAACAAAAAGAAGCACCACAAGGCAUCAUCGGACGGCAGCGCCAAAAAGAAACUAUCGGAGCAGGUGUCCAACACCUGCAGCGACUCGUCCAGCGUUUGCGAGCCGUCCUCGCCCGGAGCCGGUUCCACUAAAGAGGAUGCGACUGAGUCCUCCCAGCCACCAGAGGGCGCGGAGCUCAGCCUGAGGCCGCAGGGAAGAAAGUCCAUCGGUGAGGUGGAGGCUGAAAGCGAGGACGAGGACGACGAUGACGACGACUGCAAAAAGGGAUCCAUGGAUGAAGGAACGGCGGGCAGCGAAGCAUUCGCCACUGAGGAAAUGUCCAACCUUGUCAUCUACAUCCAACCUGUCAAGUUCCACAGCUUUGAGGCUUCCAAAAAGACCAGUCGCGGCUACCAGAUGUCAUCAUUCGUGGAGACCAAAGCUUUGGAGCAGCUCACCAAGUCUCCUGUGGAGUUUGUGGAAUACAACAAAAUGCAAUUGAGCAGGAUUUACCCCAAAGGCACCAGAGUUGACUCAUCCAACUACAACCCUCAACUCUUCUGGAACGCAGGAUGCCAGUUGGUGGCGCUCAACUUCCAGACCAUCGAUUUGUCCAUGCAGCUCAACCUGGGCAUGUACGAGUACAACGGCAAGUCGGGCUUCAGGCUCAAACCGGAGUUCAUGAGGCGGCCUGACAAGAACUUUGAUCCAUUUACUGAGAGCACCGUUGAUGGAAUAGUCGCCAACACGCUUUCUGUCAAGAUUAUCUCAGGCCAGUUCUUGUCAGACAAGAAGGUCGGCACUUACGUGGAGAUUGACAUGUUCGGACUGCCGGUGGACACAAAACGUAAAGCCUUCAAGACAAAAACGUCGCAGGGGAACGCAGUCAACCCUGUGUGGGACGAAGAGCCCAUCGUCUUCAAGAAGGUGGUCCUACCCACGCUGGCUUCGCUGAGAAUCGCCGUCUUUGAAGAGGGUGGAAAGUUCAUAGGACACCGUAUCAUUCCUGUGUCAGCCAUACGGCCAGGUUAUCAUUACAUCAAUCUAAGGAACGAGAAGAACCAAACUCUGACGCUUCCUGCUCUUUUCGUCUACGUGGAAGUCAAAGAUUAUGUUCCUGACACGUUUGCAGAUGUCAUCGAGGCUCUGUCCAACCCGAUCCGCUACGUCAACCUGAUGGAGCAGAGAGCUAAUCAGCUGGCUGCUCUCACCCUGGAGGAGGGCGGUGACGAUGAGGCCGAAAAAGAGGUGGAAGCAGGUAACGAACCCCCGUCUGAGUCCAAAGCUGACCCCAGGGUCGCAAUUCCGGCAGAAAACGGACUAAGCCACAUUCCGAUCGCCCCCAAACCGCCGUCACUUGUCGGGCAUCAACCUCAAUCUGCAGGCUCUUUGAAACCACCGCUAAAGACUGAGGACAUCAUCCAGAGCGUCCUUACCGAAGUAGAAGCUCUGACCCUUGAGGAGCUAAAACAACUCAAGGGUUUCGUUCGCGAACAACGCAAGCAAUACAAGGAAAUGAAGGAGCUGGUGCGUAAACACCACCGCAAGACUGCCGAGCUCAUCAAGGAGCACACGGCCCGCGUGGGCGAGCUCCAGAGUCAGCAGCAGCGGAGGCGAAACGCUCUACACAAGAGCCACAAGCGAGAUGGUAAGAAAAGCCGGUCAGAACAGUCGCUGUCCACGUUGGACCGAGAGCUGUGCGAUCUGGACCAGGAGUGCAGCCAGCGUCUGUCUGAGCUAAAAGAGCAGCAACAGCAGCAGCUCCUCACACUCCGCCAGGAGCAAUACUACAGCGAAAAGUACCAGAAGAGGGAGCACAUCAAGCAGCUGGUGGAAAAACUGACUGCCCUGGCCGAAGAGUGUCAGAGUGCGCAAUUGAAAAAGCUGAGAGACAUCUGUGAAAAGGAGAAAAAAGACUUAAAGAAGAAAAUGGACAAGAAGAGACAAGAAAAGAUAAGUGAAGCCAAGUCUAAAGACAAGAACGUCACUGAGGAAGAGAAGCUAGAGAUAAACAGGUCGUUUGUCAAUGAGGUGGUGCAGUACAUAAAACGGCUGGAGGAUGCUCAGAGUAAACGCCAGGAGCGCCUACAGGAGAAACACAAGGACAUACGACAGCAGAUUUUGGAUGAAAGGCCAAAGCUGCAGACUGACCUGGACCAGGAGUACCAAGACAAGUUCCGUAGGCUCCCCGUGGAGAUCCAGGAGUUUGUGCAGGACAGCGGCAAGGCCAAACCGGGCGAUGCCAACCUGACCGCAGUCUCUUCCGCGGUAGCCGAACGGCUCAACAACAAGGCGUCGCAAUCGGAGGAUGACUUUGAGGAAGCCUCACUGGAGCGAGUCUAUGACACGCCUCUUUAGAGGUAGACUGCGGGCGGGUUUGAGAAGCGAUCUGAGGACUCUGUGCGGUGAGUAGCGGGGGUCCGGACCCCCGUGUAAAUAGUACCUUUGGUGUAUUUGUACGUCACCUUUGUGUUGUCGUCGCUAUUUGGGUGCGACCACAGUCGUGUCAGUAACUAUUGAAGGAUUAACUUACUUGAACUAUUGCACAUUUUAAUUUUCUAUCAUGUUGACGAUCACUCAUCAUUUACUCCUUAAGGUGUUUUUUUGCACUGAAGUGAUGGAAAACCCAAUUCUCAAUUUUGGUCUCGACGCUGCUAUUUCCUUUAAAUGCCACCAUUUGACCACCAAUUGAUGUUGUUCGUGCAAUGUUGUUUUUUUCUUUCGGGCAGGAUGUGUACAGUUUUUGCAUGUACUCAAACUAACUGAAGAUGUUACAGUAGCUUUGUAGCGGUUGCUUUAAAAUUUGGGAUUACUACAAGAACUACGACAAGCAUGUGGGAUUUUUUGGGGCGGAAAACACUGAAUGCCCAAAAUUCUUUUCAUGGGCAUUAGUUCCGAACUAGAACAGUAGGAAUUGUAUCCCCCCGGAAAAAAAAAAAAGCAGGCAAUUAUGGAUUUAUUCCUUUCUUCCAUUAGAAGGCUACCGUACUUUCAUUAAUUUAUGCUCACAAUCCACUAAAUCAGCCAAAACAAGUCUGAGUUGGCCUAUGUAAUAAGUUACAUCAGGGUAAUUGUAAGGGAUGUCCCGAUCAAAUAUUUUUGUACCCGAGUUCGUGUCACCUGAUUUUGAGAAUCUGCCAAUACAGAGUCCUGAUCCGAUCCUGAAAAAAAGUUGUUUUUUUAUUGUACUGCUUCCUUUCCGCAUUUUCUGGGAGUGAUGCGGAGUAUAAAACCUUUUUUUUUCUUUUGGCAAUGCCAUAGUAUUUCUGGAUUAUUGAUUUAUUUUUCAGCCCCUAAAUUUUUUUUUUUUAAUUAAGUCCCGAUUCUACGGAGCCCGUAAGGGGACAUGGAAUGCGGGGGAAAAAAGUUGAGGUGGGAAAAAAAAAAAAAGGUACCCCUAAAGGGACACUGAAGAAUUUUUUUCUCCAAAAAAAAGCAAAAAAAAAAGCCCAGGAAAACAAAUGACACGCCAGUAAAAAAAAAAAAAAAUUAAAGUAAUUUUUUUUUUUUUUUGCACCAAAGUAAAAAUAUUUUACAGUAAAGCAAAUUUUUUUUUUUUUUAUACUUUGAAGCAUUGGAUUUUGUAUCUACGCAAUAGCGGAAUUCAACCUAACCUAAAUACGUGGUGAUUGAAUAUAGAAAAAUGCAAAUUUUGCUUUUGUUGAGUAAAAUUAAGAUAAUUUUGCUUGCUUUCCUCAAGUAAUAAGUUUCUGAUGUGAAAAUUGAGAGAUUUAUUAGCUGUUGAAAACUAAAUUAUUAUUUUGGGCAAAAAGUUAAAUAUAUGUUAAAUAUUGCUUUUUUUGUGUGCAUCUAGCAUAAAAUUUAAGAAUUUUAUAGCCGUUUUAAGUUUUGUUAUACUUGUAUAAAAAAAAUAAUCGGGAUUUUGUUAGGGAACGAUUUUUUGAUGUCGCUGCUCAUGGAGAUUCGUAUAUGCCUAAGGGAGAUGCCAGUUUUGGUUUUUGAUCGAUGGCGGCUUUGGUUUUGAAAAUAUUUUAAUUUUAAGUUUUUGAAAAUGUGGCCCCGAGCCUUGUGUCGCGUCAACUGAUAGUGAAGUCAAUGAUCAAAGUAACAAACUUGUCAGUCAUUGUUAAAUUGUCUAAGUCAUUUAAGUACCAAAUUCAAGCUGGACAGUUCGGCCUCACUGGUUAACAGGAGGGAGGGAGAGAGGCUGUGGCAGUAUGAGCAUGAAGCAGAAAAACAUAAAUGUUUUUUUUAAUUAAAGACCCGAUCCUUUUUAUUCGAUUCUGAUCCUCUGAAAAAUGGCGCGAUCGGCCCGCUUUCCAAUCACAUGAUCGGAUCGGGACAUCCCUAGUAAUUGUUGGUGUUUCAAGUCACUGGCAACUCCCAAACAAACAACACAUUAAAAAAAACUCCAAAAUGGGUGAUAAGAGUGUGCAAGUCGAUGUUUUUAUUUAUUUAUUUGUUAAAAGUCCAAGUCUAAGAGGUAAAAACAAAAACAAAAAAAACACCAUUUUAACUUAUUCACUGCCAAUGACUGCUAUGGAAUGAUGUUUCUUUCACUUGUUGCUAGGCAGACUUCAUAGGUAAAUGGAAUCAAAACAUAGUUCGCUAUAGGAAUGUUUACAGAUAAUCAUACACAAUGAUGUCACUUUUCAACUACUCAUAGUACCUUGCUGUAUUUUACAUUGUAAUUCAAAUUAAUAUGAGAUCAACACCGUGAAUUCAGUACAUCUGAUUAUAAGUCACUUGAUUGAUGCCAGCUAAUAUUUCUUUGAAAAUAUAUACAUAUAUAAUGACAGCCUGUGUGUAAGUAGGAAACAAAAGGACUCUUUGAAUGGAUGAACGUAUGAUGAGUCCCGUGCCUUUAAAAAAAAAAAAAAAAAAAAAAAUUGGUUUGCCUUGUUGUGAUGUUGAAUGUGUGGAAUGCGUCCCACUGUUGUUAUUGUUAUGACAAAGAAACUGUGUGAUAUUUAAUAUUUUGGUACCACUACUGACCGAGUAACACUUGUGGAAGAGCAUUAUGCGAUUUUGACCACAAUAGAGAAAAAAAGAAUAGACUUUUUAUUCAUGAUGUUACUAAUUUAUGCAUCGUCUUGACUGACUACUUGAUUAAAAGCGUCACUCCUCUGCUAAUGCAUUUGAACGUGUAUGCACUCUGGAAUUGUAAAUGUACAUAUAUAAAUAUAUAUAUGGCGUGAAGGCUAAAACAUGACGUGAAUCAAAUAACAGUAUCGUGUAAAGGGAAUUUUGUCUGUAAUUAAAAAUAAAUGUGGCUGUUAUUAUUGAACGUUCCAAGGGUGGAUUUGUGUGUUAUUUUCAGAUUUAUUUUUUAGGUGUGCAACAUUAGCUGAGUAAAUGCAGUAGAUACUGUAUUGUGAUUUUAUACUGGCAAUGUAUCUAAAGGGAACCUCAGACUUAAAGACUUGUAGGCUCUAAUAAGCUGCAAUUGUUCUCUUUUACUUAAAUAUGUUAUUAGAAACACAUUAAAUAUUGCUAUUGAUUUAAAAAUUUAUAAUAUUUAGUACAUUUUUUGUGCGCGCAAUGGACGCUCAGGGUGAUGACGUAGUUGGCCUGGACUGGGAGAACAGCUGUGCUAGCUAGCAAGUGAAGCCAGUAUGAUGACUGGAAUGAUUUUGUCACAUUCUGCUGCAGGUCAUAUUGUUUUGUUACAGAGCUGUGGGAUGAGUUCCUGACGUCGUACCUGCAUCCAAUUCCAGCUCACCAGUAGUGUCUUUUAAACGAUCCUAGGCAGGUUGCCAAGAUAUUGACUUGCUGCCAUUUGACAGUUUGUAUUCUCGAUCCCUUCGUUGCCUGCCUUGGUUUUUUUUACGCGGCUAGACGUCCAACACAUGCGCACAUCGAUUAAAAGCGGCGAGUACUUACUAUUUAUGGUUUUAUUGAGUCUUUGAUGACAUUUUCAUUGCCUCAAAAUACUUUUUGCAUGUGUUUCCUUGCAUAAUUUUAAGCAUUGUUUUCUUGUGGUAGCUUUAAAGUGGAUUGUUGCUCUGUUGACCACAUUUGUCACGUAGCGUAAUUAAACCACCCGUAUUAGAUAUUACUACGUUGACUUGAAGUAUUUUCUUAAGGCAUCUUUAGUGUUUUCUGUCUAUGUGCAUCUAUACAAAACAAGCUGAAAUGUUUGGAUGUUUCGCCACUGUAGCACAUUUUGGCUGAACACUGGUUUAGGGUUCAAUUUACUCGAAUAAAAUUUUGCUGCUUCAAGUAUUCGUUUAAUUAAAGUGGCUUUGUAAUUAGGGUUGUUCCG